AUGGUGUUAUCGGCUGUGUUUAUCACUGACUUGAAAGGAAAGGUUAUUAUCUCACGUAAUUAUCGUGGAGAUAUCCCCAUGUCUGCAUCGAAUACAUUUACGCAUUAUGUGCAAGAGAAAGACGACUCGGAACAACGUCCUGUCUUCACUGAAGCCGGUUACACGUUUGUGUAUCUCAAGCAUAAUAACCUCUACUUGAUGACCGUAACCAAGACCAACUCAAACGUAGCUUUAAUGUUGAUGUACCUUACACGAAUUUGCAAAGUCUUUCGUGAUUAUUUUGGGGAACUGGAAGAAGAAAGUAUUCGUGAUAAUUUUGUAAUUAUCUUUGAAUUACUGGAUGAGACAAUGGAUCAUGGAUAUCCACAGACAACAGAGGCUCGGAUCUUACGGGAAUAUAUUACUCAAGAAGGACAUCGAUUGGAAGCAGCUCCACGUCCUCCUACAGCUUUAACCAAUGCCGUUUCGUGGCGUAGUGAAGGAAUUAAACAUCGAAAGAAUGAAAUCUUCUUGGAUGUUGUGGAGAAACUCAAUCUACUUGUCUCAAGUAAUGGCACAGUGUUGCAUUCGGAGAUUAUUGGAGCUGUUAAGAUGAAGAGUUAUCUAUCAGGAAUGCCGGAACUCAAGCUUGGACUUAAUGACAAGGCACUUUUUGAAGCAACAGGUCGGUCUUCUAGUAAAGGAAAAGCUGUAGAGAUGGAAGAUAUCAAGUUUCAUCAAUGUGUACGACUUGCACGUUUCGAGUCGGAUCGAACGAUCUCAUUUAUUCCACCUGAUGGAGAAUUUGAUCUUAUGACGUAUCGUUUAGCGACACACGUGAAGCCACUCAUUUGGGUCGAAGCUGUUGUGGAACCUCAUUCACGCUCACGUAUUGAGUACAUGGUCAAGGCCAAGUCGCAGUUUAAGAGUCGCAGUAUUGCGAACGGUGUGGAGAUUGUAAUCCCUGUACCUCCUGAUGUCGACUCGCCCAGCUUUAAGUGCAGCAUUGGCUCGGUGACGUACGUGCCCGAUCGUGACGCCAUUGUUUGGUCCAUCAAGCAGUUCAACGGAUCUCGCGAGUACCUGAUGCGUGCACACUUUGGUCUACCCAGUGUAGACAACCACGAGGCUACAGAUGACUGGAAAGCACCAAUUCAGGUCAAGUUUGAGAUUCCCUACUUCACAGUCUCGGGCAUUCAGGUGCGCUAUCUAAAGAUCAUCGAAAAGAGCGGCUAUCAAGCAUUGCCGUGGGUCCGCUACAUUACUCAGAACGGCGAGUACCAGCUCCGCAUGUCUUAG